AUGGAUGACAGAAUCUGCAAUGAAUACACAGUGGGCUUUUGCACCAGACAGGCCUUUUACGAUUCAAGACUGACACAAAAAUGCGAGAAGCUACACGAUAAAGGCAAAAAAUGCGCAUAUGAUGAGCAUACGGUGUAUGGCUAUGAAAUGGGUGUAUAUAAGACAUAUAGAGGAAUAUUAAUGGAAAUGGAGCGGAAAGCAAAAAAUAAGAAUGGCAUUCUGAUGAAUUUAAGAAAGUUUCAUGAUAAUAUAGCGGAUAAGAACGGCGAGAAUGAGCACAAGAUAGCAAACGAUGAUCCGAAAAGUACAGGACACAACACACUAAACGAAUAUAAAAUUGGUGAUAUUAUGAACAUCUUAGAUAAAUUACAUGACAAGUUGAUUAGGAAUUUGAAAUUGAGCACGUUUGAUCUGUCAUUACACCAAAUUUACGGCCAACUUAUGGUUUAUUUAAUCAAUUCCAAGCCGGUACCAAGUAAUUUUUUUGUGUGCGAAGUUUGUGCGAAUUUAGUUGUUAAAACGGAACGAUGUGAGCACCCUUUUCACAGGGAAUACGAAAAAUUAAGGGUCGUGACAGAAAAGUUAUCUAAGAAGUUGAACCAAACAAUCGUACGAUAAAACAUCGUUUUAAUUGAUAAAAAUUGCUUUUUGCUAAAAUAAGUGCUGUAGUUACGUUGUUAUUUGUUCAUUACGGCGAGUGUGUGUGGUCAUUCUUUGGAUUGAUAUGUGGCGAUCCCUGUGUCAUACCAAAAUUUGCGAUUCAUAGCAAAUGUUCGACUCGAAACAUCAGUACAGUAUGUAUUUAUCAUACCGUGUGAUAUUGCGUGAUGGUGGUCGUGUACAAAUUGCUAAUCUCUCGUUGUGUUAUGGACUACCGGUCGAAUCUGUAAAAAAUAUCCGGAAAAGUAUUUCUGCCCUCUUAUGGCAAGAAAAGAAAGCAAUAAAAAUGCAUUUGCACAGAAAAGACAGACACGCUACUCUUAAGUUAUACAAUAAUGUGAUCCACGGUGCUUUAGAUAACAGUGCUAUGAUGGCUGAGUGAGGCCAUUAAAAGGCAAUAAACACCAUCAGCUACUGCUUUCAUACUCGUUUGUUACGGCGUAGUGACACGCAGCUAAAGAUUGGCAAAGGGUUGAUUUAACAAUCUUGCGCCGGUGAUCAGCACAAAAUACGGGAUGUUUUGUCUUUUCGUUCCGUCAUAGCUUCAUGAACAUUGUCUAAGCCAUACGCGAGAAAAUUAUUUAAAACGGAAA